GCCCGACCCGGCGGAGAAGGGGUUUUGGCAAUUUACGGUAUUUGCUUCGCUUCGCUUUCUCUUCGCUUUCUUUUCUUUCUUGUCUCGCUCCCGCGGGCUCGGGGUUUCUUUCUUUUCUUUACUUUCUUUCUUUCUUUGUAUGUUUGUUUGUUUUCGUUUCGUCGAGAUGCGUUUCCUCUCCUCGAGCUCGGUGUCGAUAUUGCUCUCGGUGCUGCUACUGCUACUCCGGGCCGCAGCGUCACCGGUCGCCACGGACCGCGCACUGCUAGCCAGCGCGGCGAGCGAUCAACCUUGCGAUCCACCGAGCACGAGCACGAGCACCGCCGCAGUCAUCACGCUUACAACAUUCAAUCCGGGCGCGGCAAGUACAGCCUCAACGUCGACAUCGCUGCGGUGGGUAGAUCUCGUUCCCGCGCCCGUCACCCUACAACCGACGACGAUGACGACGGUGGUGCGAGAGGAGGUCACAGUUACUUUGAUAGCGACAACUACGGCGACAGCUACGGUUAUGGCUACCGCCACAGUCACGGAAACGGUAGCGGUCAGGUUGGGAGAGCUGGAGUUUCCGAAGUCGGGGUAUGCGGGCACAGUUGUCAUCACCAUACCCGCUGUAGCGACUACAAAAGUGUUUGGCGGGGAGGGAACUGGAGGGGAGGGCCUGCGCACGGAAGGAACAGAUAUCUAUGGCGACGGCGGGGACGUGGUCGGGUUCGUGCCGGCUGCACGGGGGUAGUGUACUAUAUAAAGGAAUGGAUGUGGGGGAGGUGGACAGUGUAAAUUACGGAUCCGGUGUAUACGGACGCGGUGGAGAUGGACAGUGUACGAUAGAUUAUGGCUCCAUCUGCUAGCCAAGUAUCUAGCUACCUCUACAGUAGGCGCUCAGUGAACACGCAGCGAAUCUCCC